AUGAUUGAAACAAAGCUGGCCUCUGUGCUGGAAGCCAUCGCCGCCCGAGGAUCUGAGAUACAGGCCCUAGCCGCGAGAAUGGAUAUCGCAGACAAGCAAAUGGAAGCCAUAGACCAGACUGCAACUGCAUCCGAAACCAAAAUCGUAACAUUGGAAAAACAAAUCAAACAACUAAAAGAGCGCACUGACCAGCUGGAGAAUCACUUCCGGAGAUCUAACCUCAGAAUACUGGGAAUAGAAGAACGUGUAGAGGGGACAAACGCGGUGAAAUACCUUGAGAGGUGGAUCCCCGAGUACCUUCAUCUUGACACCGCAGACGAUAGGAUUGUCCUGGACCGAGCCCAUCGCACACUGGGUCCGAUGCCAUCAAGCGGACAGAGGCCACGUCCCUUCAUUGUCAAAUUACACUACUACUCCGAUAAAGCCCGAGUGAUGGAAGCCGCACGCAAACUCCACCAGAACGGGACCCCGCGUCAACAGAGGAUCCUCUUCUUCAACGAUUAUUCAGCGGAGGUCGUCCGUAAGAGUAAAGCUUACGACGUUGUGAAAGCUCGACUCCGGGAGUUGGAAGUGGAAUACGCGCUGUUAUACCCAGACAUCUUGAGGGUGAACACUGAUGAUGGAAAAUACCGGCGCUUCUCAACCCCGGGUGAGGCCAACGUGUAUGUUCGCACUCUGGAGCUGGCGCGUGCCCCGCCUUCUCUCUCUGCAGAAGAGAGCACAUUGGGAGCCACUGGCCACAAGAUGUCCUCGUACAAGAGAGCCACACUGGACGAGGAGGACCUGCUGGACUCCGCAGGGGACGAUAUCUAUCCCUCACACCCAAUGCAGGUGACACUUCUUCAGGGUCGAGGUCCCCAGUGUUGGUCCAAUAAAACAGAAAGAGAGCGGAGGCUGAUACUUUUGGUGUGUCUUUUAUCUGUGGCCUUAUUCAUAUCCCUCAUCACAACUGGGGUCUUCUACAAACAGACUCACCCAGGCCACUGCCUUUCAGAGCCCUGCAUUACUGUGGCUAGUGCGGUAUUGGCCUCACUAGACCGAUCCGUGGACCCUUGCCAUGAUUUCUACAACUUUGCUUGCGGAGGUUGGGUGAAAAACAACCCUCUUCCUGAGGGCAAGUCUCGCUGGGGACCUUUUAGCACCCUGUGGGAACACAACAUGCUCACAAUGAAGCACCUUCUAGAGAACACAACAAUGAAAGUAAGUGAUGCUGAGGAGAAGGCACAGCGAUAUUAUGAGGCCUGCAUGAAUGAAACCAAGAUCGAGGAGUUAGGAGCUAAACCACUACAGGAGCUCAUCAGCCAGUUGGGAGGUUGGGCCUUGACUGAACCCUGGGACAAGGACAACUUUCAGAAAGUGUUAAGAAUGGUGUCUGCAAACUUUCAUGCAGCACCAUUCUUUACAGUCUUUGUCAGCACAGACUCCAAAAACUCCAACAGUAACAUUAUCCAGGUGGAUCAGUCAAGCCUUGGACUUCCUUCACGGGAUUACUAUCUCAACAAAACGGCAAACGAAAAGUACCUGACCGCAUAUCUCAACUACCUGGUGGAGUUAGGAGUUCUUCUUGGUGGCUCCAAAGAAACCUCUCAGACACUUAUGACGGAGAUUGUAGACUUUGAAACAACUCUUGCCAACAUCACAAUCCCUCAGGAGGAGCGUAGGGAUGAAGAGAUUAUCUACCACAAAAUGGAGGCCAAAAAUCUAACAACCUUGGCCCCAGCGGUGGAUUGGAUGCCAUACCUUACCGAACUGUUCGCUCCUGUGCCACUCAAUGACUCUGAGCCAGUUGUUGUUUAUGCCGUAGAGUAUCUAGAGAAAGUGUCAGACCUCAUAACAAGAACAAAUAAAAGUCUUCUGAAUAACUAUAUGAUAAUGAAAGUGGUGAGGAAGAUGGUGUCUGUUUUAGAUGAAAGGUUUCGAGAUGCUGAGCAGCGCUUCCUUGAGGUCAUGUACGGAAUAAAAAAGAGUUUAACCCCUCGUUGGAAGCUGUGUGUGAGUGAUACAGACAGUGCCCUUGGAUUUGCUCUUGGUGCCAUGUUUGUCAAAUCUACCUUCAAUGACGACAGCAAAACCAUUGCUGAAAAUAUGGUCGGGCAAAUCAAAUGGGCGUUCGAGGACAGCCUGAAAUUUGUGAACUGGAUGGAUGUGGAAACCAAGAAAGCAGCAAAAGAAAAGGCAGAUGCCAUCUACAACAUGGUUGGAUAUCCAGAGUUUAUAAUGAACGCUACAAAGUUGGAUAAGGUGUUUAAUGAUUUUGAAGUGGUCUCUGAGCUUUACUUCCAAAACGCUAUGCAAUACUACAACUUCUCAGGCAGAGUGACGGCUGACCAGCUGAGAACAGCACCCAACAGAAACCAAUGGAGCAUGACCCCUCCAACUGUAAAUGCAUAUUACAAUCCAACAAAGAACGAGAUGGUUUUGCCUGCUGGAAUUCUUCAAGCACCUUUCUACGGUCGAUCAUGGCCCAAAGCUCUUAACUUCGGAGGAAUUGGAGUUGUGAUGGGACAUGAGCUGACUCAUGCAUUUGAUGACCAAGGUCGUGAAUUUGACAAAGAUGGAAACCUGCGUCCUUGGUGGAAAAAUUCAUCUGUAGAAGCUUUUAAAAAGCAGGCCCAAUGUAUGGUGGAGCAAUAUGGAAACUAUAGCAUCAACAAAGAGCCAGUCAAUGGACGGCACACUCUAGGAGAGAACAUUGCAGACAACGGAGGACUUAAAUCUGCUUACAAAGCUUAUGAUUUGCCCAAGUAUGGUGCUCAAUUAGGACACCAGAAAGCUCACAUGAAGGAGUGA